GACUGGAAACUUAGCUGACUCUCCCCGCUGCUGUCAUCUUCUGCACCCUGUGCCCCUCCCUACUCCACCCUCGUCCCCUUGCUCUCUAGAGGGGAAGGAUCAUCCACCCUCCCCUUCCCCGCGUCCCGGUCUCCGGAUCUCAGGGGAGACUAAAGGAGCCCGUGAGCCCACAGACAGCUCUGUCAAACUUCUGAGGACUUGAGUGAACUUUCAGGGAGCAGGAAGACCAUGGGGCGCUGGUUAGCAAUGCCCCUUCUGCUUGUUCUUCUCGUCUGCUCUCUAGCUCCUGCUCGAGGACAAGAUUUUGAUUUGUCUGAAGCCCUUGAUGAUGAAACUACAACGAAACCUCCACCUAACAAAAAGCCACAACCUGAUGAACCUGUGAAGCCUAAUCCACCAAAACCCAAACCAGACCAUCAUAGUGACUCAGGCUACAUUUCAGAUGAUGAUCUUGGAGGUCCCUCAAAAGAUUCUGAUGAUAGAAGUAAUGAUGAGACUGCGCCUGCUGAUUCCCCUGGAGUAAUACCUGGAAUUGUAAGUGCUGUGGUUGUAGCACUGGCAGGAGCCGUAUCCAGUUUUAUUGCUUACCAGAAAAAGAAGCUCUGCUUUAAAGGAAAUGAUGAGCCGAGGAUCUAGGAAUGAGGAAAGAACAUCUGUCAAGUGAUGACUACAAGAUCAACUAGAUAUAACUAUUUUCCCAAUAAGAUUCCCUCUUCCCUAUUUAGCCACAAAAAUAAAGCCUCUCAUCCCACAAAAGCAGAAUAAGCAUUGAAAGGACAUUGCCUUCAUGCCCUAGUAGAUUACUUAAAUAAUGCUGAAGAAAGUCAGAAUCCUCCAAAGAAAUCUAUAUAUUUUUUCUUCUUUCUAACUGAUAGGUUAUGGCAAAUCCUAAAGAUCAAGAAGACCCUAAGUUUUGUCUUACCUCUGACUUUUGUGAAAUGAGGAUAGAAGUUUACUUUCCAUUAUCUUUUAGUUUAUAAAUUAUCCUGAUUAUUAUUAUUAUUUUUUAAUUCAGUAUACUCUGUCCUCUCUUUAUAGCCAAGAACCUGGCUCCUAGAAAACAUGGUGAGGUGCUGUUCUCCUCCACAGACACUUUUCUGCCAAUAGAUUUGGCAACAGCACCAGGAGACUGAACUAUCCUCUCCUUCUAGUGUCUUAGAUGUUAAAAAUAUAGAUCAAAAGGUCUAAGCCUUUCAUCCAAUGGUGAAGGAUUUUCUUUUCAGUUUUCUUCAGUUGUUAUCACUGUGAUUUUUUAAAAUGUUUUCUUGAAAAUGACUUCUUGUUUUUGAAGUGAAUUUUGUGAGUCUGUGAACUCACCAGUUCUCUGAAGAAAGUUUAAUUUGUUUAGUAACAAAUUUCAUGACCAUAAUGACGAAGUUUUACAAAGGAUUUAAGUCAGAUUAUACUUGAUAUCUUUGACCUUUCUUUCCAGAUAUUUAAUUGAUGUCUUUCUUUAGGGACAACUGAGUACAUUUCUCUUAGCAGCUUUCUUAAACAACCAUUGUUCUUGGUUUUUCUUCCACUCCUUAAAUUCUUCUAAAUUAGCAAGCAAAAUGAUGCAGUAAAAUUAAUUACUUUUCAAAAUGACUUUGCGACGGAUCAUGAAGGUCAUCUGUCUCAUUUUUAUACUCUUCAGAGUCAAGUGUAAUUUUCUUUCCUGGCGAGAUGAAGGUGUCCUUGAAGGUGAAUGUUAUUUGGUAGAUGAUGAAGGCCGAGGAAGAACAUGGAGGAUGUUCUUUUAAUGCAGAUUUUUCACCCUUUUGCAGUAUUAGUUUGUGAUAAACAGUUACUUGAGUAGACUUCUGUCUAUAUCCCUUUUCAUCUUUGCACUACAGGAAUAUUUUAGUGAUAUGCCUGGUAGAUUUCUCAUUUCUGAUAAAAACCAAAUCAUUAGCAGGAAUAUGAUUUUCUUUCUUAAUAUCCUAAGUUAGUGAUUCUCAAAAUGUGAUGUGCUGGUCAACAUUUGUCCUUACUAUAUAGAUCAAAGGCAAGUGCAAAAUUCAAGUUAUGCAAAAAAAAUUUUCAACCGAUUAUUAUACUUUAUAUUCAAACCUAUAUUUUAAAAACCUCAAAAAAAAUCAGCACCUAAAAAGAUUGUGACUUCCUGUCUUUCUUACUUUUUUGCUUAUUGCAGUGGAAAGCUGGAAAAGGUAGGGCUAAAUGGUGCCUUGUGUUGUUUGUUCUGCCAGUACAGUUCAGGAAUCAGAUGAUAUAGUAUGAUGAUUUCACAUAGUUUUGUUGGCCAUUUCUGAGCUUUACACAGUUCUUAGCAACUUAGAGUCAUGUCUGAAAUAGGUCAAAAGGAAUGGUUUUGUAAAGUGUUUUGUGAACUUUAAGGCACUAUGUAAAUGCCAGGUGCUAUUUUUUAAAAUCCUCCUAUAGCUCCAGAAUUAGUUCUCAUUCAUUUCUAACAUAUCUCUAAUUUCAAAUUUCUUUUAGUAACAUUAUUCUCUCUGUGCCCUGGUCACUUCAAAAUUAGCAGUAUUAAAAUACUAUAUGCACAUUUUGUCCUUAAAGUUGUUAUUCAUGAAUCUUAAUGUUUUUAACUAAGUUCUAUAUACCGUAGGUAUUUUUUGUAAGGAUGGAUAGCAGAAAUUACAAGCAUACAGUUUCUGUUCACCUGAUGAUUUGUAGGUGAAAACUGAGGUUAAUAACUUCCCCUUAAAUGUAGAUUAAUUUCACCAAAAAAAAAAAAGUUAUGGGGGCAGCUAGGUGGCACAGUGGCUAAAGCACUGGCCCUGGAUUAGGAGGACCUGAGUUCAAAUCUGGCCUCAGACACUUGACACUAGCUGUGUGACCCUGGGCAAGUCACAUUGCCCCACCAAAAAAAAAAGUAGAUGAAUUCUCUUUGAUAUAGCUUUGUGAUAGGCCAGUUAAUCUAGUCUUGGGUGCAAGCCACAUGCUUGUGUUUGAAUAAGGGUUAAUUCUUUCAGAUAUGAGCUAUGUUGCCAACAUUUGCACAGGAUUAGAAACCAAUUUCCUGUUUAUAUGCCUUGUAGUUUUAUGCCUUUAAAAAAAAAAAAACUGCUCACCACCAUGGCCAACAAAAGAAAUGACUUCCUGCAAGUUUUUUACAAACCUGUUUGAGCUCUGUAAUUUUUCUAUUGGAAAUUUGUUACAGUUAGCAUUGAAGUUAUUUAAUGUCUGUGAGUACACAGAAUUGCACUUUAUGGUUCAACCCUUAGGUCCUUAGUUUGACCUUCUUUAAAAUGAAGGGGUUGAAUUAGAUGACCCCUAAAAUCUGUCUUCCAGCUCUAAAUCUAUGAUCCCAUGAUCACAUGAUCCCUAUGAUCUAUAAUCUUUGUAUUUUAGUUUAGAUGCAUAUUGAUGCUCCAUGAAUGCUUAAUCUUGUGAAAGAGGGAUUACUAAAAUAUUUUAACCACUAAAUGUUUAAUUCUGCUAGCUUAUAAUCAAGUGAAAUUUUCUUUGAAAUAAUGUUGUUACUGAUGGUGAAUUUGUUAAGUUUUCUUUUAUAUCUUAUAGCUAAUUUUAAGUUUGACUUGUAUUUUCAUUUAACAAAUUAGUAGUGAAAUAAAGAUUUUACAUCGUC